AGAAGAAAACAUCCCUUGAAUAACUGAAAAAAGGAAUGAUUACAAAUUAAUUACAAAGAUGAACUCAUAAUCUUUUGAGAGAUAAAACUCUACCUCUCACAUGUCACUUUACUUCUUGGAUCACUAAACCACAUUUUAUUUUGUCAGUCAAUGACUUGAAAUUCAAUCUACAACCACAUAAAAUUCAGAUCCACGCCACCUUCAUGCAAAACCACCUAAUUUAUAUAAGCCACCAUAAUGUUAGCCUCAAUCCCACUAAUUUUCUUUUUCCUCCUCCAAACUAAAAGUCAAUUUCCUCGACUCCAUCACAAAACCUUUAAAUCCAAGCCCACUACUUUAAUUCUUCAUAUUGAGUGAGUUGAUGUUGCCACAACAAUGAAGGCGAGUGCAGUCCUGGACGGCCGCCGAUUCAUGGCGUCAUGCUUCUUCCUCAUCAUCUUCCUCUGCAUCAUAGCCUCCAUCAAUGAAAUCCGGCUGGAAAGCCUCGUCAAAUUGGGAAGAUGCGCCAUUAAUAAUUCGGAAAAUCCAUCUCCAUCAAUAUUGAAAGGGGAGGAGGAGGAGAUCCGAGUACUGCUGGGAAUCCUGACCCUCCCCGACCACUACGAGAAGCGCCACUUCCUCCGCCUCAUCUACGGCACGCAGCCCGUGUCUGGCGCCCGCAUCGACGUGAAGUUCGUCUUCUGCAACCUGACCAAGGACGACCAGAAGGUCCUGGUGGCGCUGGAGAUCAUGCGCUUCGACGACAUCAUCAUCCUGGACUGCCGCGAGAACAUGAACAAGGGCAAAACCUACACCUACUUCUCCAGCCUACCCGACAUCCUCCCCAAGCCCUACCACUACGUCAUGAAAGCAGACGACGACGUCUACUUCCGCCUGCAAAAGCUAGCCGACUCGGUGGCGCCGCUGCCGCGCCGCGACCUGUAUUACGGGUACGUGAUCCCCUGCCCUAGCAUGGAUCCGUUCGUGCACUACAUGUCCGGGAUGGGGUACCUGGUGUCGUGGGAUAUCGUGGAGUGGAUUAGGGAUUCCGAUGUUCCCAAGAAGCGUCUAGAAGGUCCGGAGGAUCUGGUGUUCGGGGAUUGGAUGCGGCAGGGCCGCCGCGGGAGGAAUAGGUACAACGCUAAAUGGUCCAUGUACAACUACCCGGAGCCGCCCACCAGGUGCACGCACCAGCUGUGGCCCGACACCGUCGCGGUGCACCUGCUCAAGACGCAGGAGAAGUGGAUUCGGACCUUGACUUAUUUUAAUGUCACUCGGGAUUUGAAACCCUCUAAACUUUAUCAUAUAGACUCAUCAUAGUUGAAACUUCAAAAUUGUAUCAUUUUUUAUUCAUUCUUUUUAAUCAAACUUUUUUCUCAAAGAAAUAUAAAGAUGAUUGCAACUUUGGAUUUGUUGGUUGGAGGAAAAAUGUCUUAUCAAUA